AUGGUCAACUUUUCCAUUGAAACUAUUUUGAAAGUCAAUCGUCACAAGCAAGACAACAACAUCAACAACAGUUACAACAAUAACAACAACAUCAACAACAACAAAGCUACUGAUGAAGUCAUCAACUACGACAAUAAAAAGAGCAACCACAACAGCAACUUCGACGCUGGCAACAACAUUAUUCGGCCGGAAAAUAAGAAAGCAAUCAAGAGACCAUGGAGUGACGGAUGUGCGAACGAUGAAGAAAAUCAUCAGCAACAUUUCAAACAGACCUGCUUCCCCACAAGCAACUCAACCAACUCAUCCACCACGUUGAACAGUUUCACUUCCAGUAAAGCUUACAUCCACAGUAACGAACGGUGCAUCCGUCCAAUUUUAAAUCGCCUCGAUGUUGCUGGUGUUGGUGGGGUCGAUGUUGGGAGUGUUGGGGGUGGCAAGUUGGAAUCGAACCCCCUCUAUGCAUUGUACGAGAUGGCAAGCACCAACGUUCCAAGAAUAGAACGCACCCAUCUUCUAAGUUGGUCACUUUUCAUUCAAAAUAUUUUCAUUCAGUGUUUGUUAUAA